AUGAAAGGCCUCGGUGACAGCCGCCCCCGCCAUCUCUCUGACAGCCUGGACCCAUCCCACGAGCCCCUCUUUGCCGGGCCUGACCGCAAUCCCUAUCUGCUGUCGCCGACAGAGGCCUUUGCCCGGGAAGCCCGCUUCCCUGGGCAAAACACACUGCCUGGAGAUGGCCUCUUCCCACUCAACAACCAGCUGCCUCCACCAAGCAGCACCUUCCCCCGAAUCCACUACAACUCUCACUUUGAGGUGCCCGAGGAAAGCCCGUUCCCUAGCCAUGCCCAGGCUACUAAGAUCAACCGACUGCCUGCCAACCUCCUGGACCAGUUUGAGAAGCAGCUGCCUAUCCAUCGGGAUGGUUUCAGCACCCUUCAGUUUCCCCGGGGUGAGGCCAAGGCCCGGGGUGAGAGUCCCGGCCGCAUUCGCCACCUGGUCCACUCUGUCCAGAGGCUCUUCUUCACUAAGGCACCCUCGAUGGAGGGCACCACCGGCAAGGUGGGUGGCAAUGGCAACAAGAAAGGUGGCCUGGAGGACGGGAAAGGCCGGAGGGCCAAAAGCAAGGAACGGGCCAAGCCCGGGGAGCCCAAACGGCGAAGCCGCUCCAACAUCUCAGGCUGGUGGAGUUCAGAUGACAACUUGGACGGUGAGGGCGGUGCCUUCCGCAGUGGCCCUGCCUCAGGCCUGAUGACUCUAGGCCGCCAGCCGGAACGCACCCAGCCCCGCUACUUCAUGCACGCCUACAACACCAUCAGUGGACACAUGCUCAAAACCACCAAGAACACUGCCACCGAGCUGACCGCCCCGCCACCCCCGCCUGUUCCCCCUGCCACCUGUCCCAGUCUCGGAGUGGGCACCGACACCAACUAUGUCAAACGUGGCUCCUGGUCCACUCUAACCCUCAGCCAUGCCCAUGAGGUCUGCCAGAAGACCUCAGCCACCUUGGAUAAAAGCCUACUAAAGUCCAAGUCUUGCCACCAGGGUCUGGCCUACCAUUACCUGCAGGUGCCCGGCGGGGGUGGAGAGUGGAGCACCGCGCUGCUGUCCCCUCGAGAGGUGGAGAGCUCAGCGGAGGGGCCCAUCCCGUGUCGGCGCAUGCGCAGUGGCAGCUACAUUAAGGCCAUGGGCGAUGAAGACAGUGAUGAGUCUGGGGGUGGUAGCCCCAAGCCUUCACCCAAGACUGCAGCUCGGCGGCAGAGCUACCUGAGGGCCACGCAGCAGUCUCUGGGAGAGCAGAGCAACCCCCGCAGGAGUCUGGACCGUUUGGAUUCAGUGGACAUGCUGCUGCCUUCCAAGUGCCCCAGCUGGGAAGAGGACUACAACCCCAUCAGUGACAGCCUCAAUGACUCCAGCUGUAUCAGCCAGGUUUUUGGACAGGCUUCCCUGAUCCCCCAGCUGUUUGGCCAUGAUCAACAGGUCCGGGAGGCAGAUCUGAGCGACCAGUACGAGGCAGCGUGUGAGUCGGCCUGCAGUGAAGCUGAGUCCACGACGGCAGAGGCGCUUGAUUUGCCACUGCCUAGCUACUUCCGCUCGCGCAGCCACAGCUACCUGCGAGCCAUCCAGGCAGGCUGCUCGCAGGAGGAGGACAGUGUCUCCCUGCAGUCCCUCUCCCCACCGCCCAGCACCGGCAGCCUCAGCAACAGCCGCACGCUUCCGAGUUCAUCAUGCCUCGUGGCUUAUAAGAAGACCCCACCACCGGUCCCUCCACGUACUACAUCAAAGCCGUUCAUCUCAGUCACUGUCCAGAGCAGUACUGAGUCUGCUCAGGACACCUACCUGGACAGUCAAGACCACAAGAGUGAAGUGACAAGCCAAUCCGGCUUGAGCAACUCAUCAGAUAGCCUGGACAGCAGUACCCGACCACCCAGCGUGACACGUGGUGGAAUCAGCCCAGGCCCUGAAGCUCCGGAGCCACCCCCUAAGCAUGCAGCUCUGAAGAGUGAACAAGGGACACUGACAAGCUCUGAGUCCCAUUCCGAGGCCAUCCCCAAAAGGAAACUGUCGUCAAUAGGAAUACAAGUUGACUGCAUUCAGCCAGUGCCAAAAGAGGAGCCCAGUCCCGCUACCAAAUUCCAGUCCAUCGGGGUUCAGGUAGAGGACGACUGGCGAAGCAGCGUCCCCUCUCACAGCAUGUCCUCCCGUCGGGACACUGACUCCGAUACCCAGGAUGCCAAUGACUCCAGCUGUAAGUCAUCUGAGAGGAGUCUCCCAGACUGUACCCCACACCCCAAUUCCAUCAGCAUUGAUGCUGGCCCCCGACAGGCCCCCAAGAUUGCCCAGAUCAAGCGCAACCUCUCCUAUGGAGAUAACAGCGACCCUGCCCUGGAGGCGUCUUCGCUGCCCCCACCCGACCCUUGGCUGGAGACCUCCUCCAGCUCCCCAGCAGAGCCAGCCCAGCCUGGGGCCUGCCGCAGGGAUGGCUACUGGUUCCUGAAGCUCCUACAGGCAGAAACAGAGAGACUGGAAGGCUGGUGCUGCCAGAUGGACAAGGAGACCAAAGAGAACAACCUCUCUGAAGAAGUCUUAGGAAAAGUCCUCAGUGCUGUGGGCAGCGCCCAACUCCUGAUGUCCCAGAAAUUCCAGCAGUUCCGGGGCCUCUGUGAGCAGAACUUGAACCCUGAUGCCAACCCCCGUCCAACAGCCCAGGACCUGGCAGGGUUCUGGGACCUGCUGCAGCUGUCCAUUGAGGACAUCAGCAUGAAGUUUGAUGAGCUCUACCACCUCAAGGCCAACAGCUGGCAGCUGGUGGAAACCCCCGAGAAGAGGAAGGAAGAGAAGAAACCACCUCCUCCAGUUCCGAAGAAGCCAGCCAAAUCCAAGGCGGCAAUGAGCCGCGACAAAGCCUCAGACGCAGGGGACAAGCAGCGUCAGGAGGCCAGAAAGAGACUCCUGGCAGCCAAGCGAGCAGCAUCUGUGCGGCAGAACUCAGCCACAGAGAGUGCGGACAGCAUCGAGAUUUAUGUCCCUGAGGCCCAGACCAGGCUCUAAUGCCACAAAGGAGAAAGCACUCAAUUUUAAAUCAUUAAAAACUCAAUGCAAAUGGAA